AUGCCCAAAGUUAAGCGGAUCACUCGACCUGCUGACGGCGUUAUCAAGCCCAAGCCAACGAGCGAAACCACUGAGAAGCCAAAGAUAAAGAAAACGACCGUGCGGAAAAGAAUCUUCAUCAAGAAACUGGAGCUGGCCGGACAAUGUACACUACGUGGGCUUCAAUUUUUGCAGAAUAAAGCUCACGAAGAGUUGGUGAAACGCUUGAAAGUGGCCGUGCCGGAGUUGGUGGUGAAUUGUGAGGACAUCUACUACUGCUGGUGA